GCCUCUGGGUGGUUGUCGAAGAAGGCGGGAUGGAGAAGGCAGGGCUGUAACGGGAGCAUCCGUGGCGAGGAGUAGCCGAAUUCUUCCUCGUCACGGAGAAAAGAGGUGCGCUCCGGCACGUCCGCACAUUUGACUAUGGACAAUCCAGGAUCCCGCUCGUCAAAUUCCACGUAAAAUUCCACUCCGGAGGGUGCUUUAAGUUGCAGAGAAGCAGCGCAAGUUCGUAGAAAAAGAUGGCCAAUUUUAAAGGUCAUGCUCUUCCUGGAAGUUUUUUCCUUUUGUUUGGCUUGUGGUGGUCUGUGAAAUACCCAUUCAGGUACUUCUGUCAAAGGAGGAAAAAUAUUUAUCUUGGUUCCAAGGCAGGAUUUCAACGCUUAGAAUUUAUUGAAGGCAUAAUCAAGGUUUUCUUUGCUCUUAUUGGUAUGGCAGCAGAGCAGUUUGUUCCUGAUGGACCUCAUAUGAAGCUAUAUAAUAAUGAAAAAAAGCAGUGGAAUUAUUUAAUGAAUUGGCAGCAUGCAACCAUGUACCUCUUCUAUGGCAUCUCAGGGCUAGUGGACAUUGUGACUCACAGCACAAAUGUAUUACCAGAGGCCUUAGACCGAAUGAUGCUCUCACUUGCUGUUUUUGUGGAAGGUUUUCUAUUUUAUUAUCACAUCCAUGGGCGUUCCAUGUUAGAUUUUCAUGUUCAUCAAUUACUUUUAAUAACUAUCUUCGGAGGUGCUAUCUGCAUAUUCUUGGAAGUCUUUUUGCAUAACAGCAUUGUUCUUGAGAUGUUCCGAACAAGUCUUUGCAUAUUGCAUGGAAGUUGGUUCUGGCAGAUUGGAUUUGUCCUUUACCCUCCAAAUGGACAUACAGAAUGGAACCAAAUGGAUCACAAUAACAUGAUGUUUCUGACCAUGUGCUAUUGCUGGCAUUAUGCAAUUACACUUCUUAUCAUGGCAGUCAAUUAUACUCUAGUCAGCUGGGUGGUUCGUACCAAAAUAAUGCAAGUUCCAUCCAUGGAAAUUGGAUUACUGAAAACAUCUGAGCGAGAACAGGAGUCAGAAGAUGAAAUUUAAUUUCUACCGAAACAUUUUCUUAUAGUUCACUUUCUAUUUUAGUAUUUCUAGUGCCUGGUGAUUCUAUUCCCCUCCCCCCAUUAUUUAGUCUUACAAAAUUUAGACCUUAAUUUAUGAAAAUUUCAUUACAGCACUGUUUUUCUCAAUUGAAGUAGAAACAUGGCAUUAUAGCAGUAGCAUGUCAAAUGAGAAUCAGUUCUGGCCAUUAACAAAUGGUGGAUCCACUCUUUCAUUGUUCUUGGGUAAACUGGGAAAAUUUCACAUAUUUUUCAAAAGCCAGAUGCAAUCGUAAUGUAGCAGAAAAAUGGACAUAUAUUAAAAUAGUAAAAUGGAUCAAUUAUACAUUAAAACUAUUUAUAAACAUAAAGAAUUUCUAGGAUAGAUUUCAAAUUUAUAUUUGUAAAUGUAUUACUUUAUUUGUUUUUUAUUUUUGUAAUUAUUUAUUAUCAAAAAAUACAAAAAGCCAAACAUUUUGUUUCAGCAAAAAGUGAUUUUCCAAAAUUACUGUGUAUAUUACUUUACAUAUGAGAAUUACCUGCAGCAGAGUUGGCUUAUUUUUAUAAAAAGAAGAAGAAAACUAUGAAGUCAAAGUAUAUUUCAGAUUAUUUCUAUACUUUGAAUUCAUUCAGUGCAAAGAAAACCCAUGCCAUGUUUCAAAUCUCUGUUUUGCACUGAAGCUUAUGCAAACCUUGGAGAAGAGAUUGACUGGGUUCGCACAUUAUGAAGUACCUUUCUCCAAGUCAUUAAAGUAUCUACGUGAGGGCACUUGUGAUGUGCAUGUGUAUGUGUCCAAAAAGUCACGAUCAGUCUGUGACCAUGCAAUAGCAGCCCAGCCCUUCUUUUGUGGGUAUCACAGAAAGUUUUGCUGCAUACAGACUGAGAACUUAUGAAUCAUUGUCAGAUAGGAUCACAGCUGGUAUUUCUGCUAAAAUGAAGAUUAGCAUAGCUUUAUAAAACAUGAAGAGGAUUUGCCUGCAGACAGUGUGUUUUUGACAAGUAAACCAAUAAUUGUUAUUUGUAAACAAAUCCCCCCCCCCUUUUGUCCUUAUGCUAACAUAUCUUUACAGUGUUGCAGGAAUGGCAAACAUAUUUAGAAUGCUGGUGGCAAUGGCAAUGGCACUUAGACUUAUAUACCGACUCUGUAAACUGCUUGGUAUACAGAGUCAGCAUAUUGCCCCCAACAGUCUGGCUCCUCAUUUUACCCACCUCGGAAGGAUAGAAGGCUGAGUCAACCUUGAGCCUGGUGAGAUUUGAACUGCCAAAUUGCAGGUAGCCGGCAAUCAGCAGAAGUAGCCUGCAGUAUUGCACUCUAACCACUGCACCACCAUGGCCCCUGCCCUCUGGAAGAUACUCCCAUUGGAGGUGAGGUUCACCCAUUCCUGGCAUUCAAGGAGCCUAAAAAUUUGAUUCUGCUGCCUGAUCUGGGUUUUUCAACAGGGGCCUUCUAUGUUGGGGAUGGCUGAUUGGUUAGAGAAGAUCACCCCCAGGCCACCCAUUCUCAUGUUAUUUUAACUUUUAAUCUCUUUUCAGUUUUUCUAAUUUCAUUCAUUCAUUCAUUCAUUCAUUCAUUCAUUCAUUCAUUCAUUCACUUUCUGUAGCCACCCAUUUCAGUUAAUGAUUCUGAGAUACUUGGCCAGUUAGCAGUACAGCCAGGAAACAGGUUCCUUGACACAUUCAGCACCCCAGGCUUGGGAAUAUCAUCUGUGCAUAUUGUGAGAGGGACUCUUUGGAAGAAUUCUAUUCAUCUGAAGUAAUAUGGCAUGAAACAAUACUCAGGAAAGACUACAAGAUACGUGCCUUUAGUUUUAACUUAAAGUACAUACUCAGGUUAGAAUAUCUAAUUUGAGAUAAAACAUUAAGAAUGUUAACAUAAUUAAAAUAUUUUAUGUGUCUCUUCAACAAUUAUACAUUUGAAGAACUCUCUAGUUUUAUUUGUAUAUGGAAUACAAAAAUGGCCAUAUUAAUUGCCGUUUGAAAUGCACUCAAUAUUUGUUUUAAAACAAUUUUUCUUAUUCAGGAGUAAGGAGAAUCCUCUAAGCUAUUCACAGAUGGUUCAAGUCCUUUAAAUUUAUUAAUAGUUAUUGGGUUUUAACAAUACUGCAAUGUAUUAUAGUGUGUGUUGAAAUAAAAAGUUUUAGUUUAUUUUGAAAUAAGUACAAA